AUGACGACAUGCGCCAGCGGCAAUAGUUGCACCGUUAAAAAGCUGUCGAGCAUCCAAUCAGUAGCUGCAUGUCCAGGAUUCAAUGUUCAACUUACGCUGUAUACAAACCGUCACCAGCUGGAAGUGACUUGUUCCGACAAACCCAAUUUUGAACUGCUUCGUAAUCUUCCCAAUCUACAAAGCUUCGCGUUCAAAGAGCUGGCCUAUCAGGACUGUCCACUCCCGGUCGGCAAUCAAUCGCUUGUGGAACUGCUCUCAGUAUUUCUCAACCUUACCGAACUAUCCUCCAUCCAAAGGUUAUUCUUCGUCGAUAAUGCGAAAUUUUCCGACCAAAUAUCACUUGAUCCACAGCUCUUUGCCAGCCUGCCCAAACUGCAGGUGCUGUCGAUGAAAAAUUCCUCCCGCAUGCCGCUCGACAAUCCACAGCUGUUCAAGCACUUGCCCAGCUUAACGUGGCUCGAUCUGCGCCAAGGUGACGGUGAUAGUCGUACCAAUAAGGCACUGUUACACCCACUGAGUCAACUGAUCACGCUCGAGUUGAUGGAAAAUGACCUGACCACCCUAUCUGCUGAGUUUGUUUCCGAUUUGCCUAGCCUUGAAUCAUUGACGUUGUACCACAAUCAGUUGGAGCAUAUCGAACAGUUUGCUGAGCUGCCAAGUCUGACUUCAUUAGACCUAACCUAUAACCAGCUGAUGACACUGCGGGAGGACGUGUUCGAUAGGUUGCCUAGCCUUGCAAACCUCUAUCUGGAGUGGAACAUGUUCACAGGCCUACCAACCGGACUGUUCAAACAUAACAGCAAGCUUACGGUAUUUCAUGCAGACAAUCAGCAUAGUUCCGGACUGGUGCUGGGUGAUAAACUGUUCGCAGGACUAACGAUGCUUCAGAAUGUGUCUGUAUCGAACUGUAAAAUAACCAUGCUUCCGGAAGGACUCUUUAUUGGAGCUACCAAGUUAAGCAAAGUUGACCUCAGCGGCAACCUGCUGCAAAGUGUUCCGGAGAAUCUAUUUCGUGAUUCACCUAACUUGAAGGAGCUCAAUUUACAAAACAACGAGUUAUUGAAGAUGCUGCCUGACACGCUGUUGCGGGGUACCACUCAACUGCGCAUUCUUAUCCUUGGCCCUAACCAAACUAACAACCAUAUCAACAACAAUGAUUGA